AUGCGUGUUGUUCUUAUACGGUGCAUGGGGCUUGCAGUUGCGUUUAAGUCUAGGGACGACCGUCGGAAGCAAAUCGAAUUGGAAGAUGCGCGUAAAGCUGGGCUUGCGCCUGCUGAGGUUGACGAAGAUGGAAAAGAGAUCAACCCUCAUAUUCCCCAGUUUAUGUCAUCUGCACCUUGGUAUCUCAAUGCUGACAGACCUAGUUUAAAGCAUCAAAGGAAGUGGAAAUCAGAUCCCAAUUACACAAAAUCAUGGUAUGACAGAGGUGCGAAGAUUUACGAGGCUGACAAAUACAGGAAGGGUGCUUGUGAAAACUGUGGGGCCAUGACACACGAUACAAAAUCAUGCAUGGAAAGACCCCGAAAAGUGGGAGCAAAACGGACGAACAAACACAUUGCACCUGAUGAAAAGAUUGAGACAUUUGAGCUUGACUAUGAUGGUAAACGGGACCGGUGGAAUGGCUAUGAUGCAUCCUCCUAUGCCUAUCAUGUCAUUGAGAGAUAUGAAGCAAGAGAUGAAGCUCGAAGGAAAUACCAGAAAGGCCAACAGCUUAAGAAACUUGAGGAUGAUGAAGAAGAAGAAGAAGAUGGUCUAAGGGUAGAUGAAGCCAAGGUUGACGAGAGCAAACAAAUGAAUUUUGCAAAGGUUGAAAAGCGUGUACGCACAACUGGUGGCGGAAGCACUGGAACUGUGAGGAACUUGCGUAUUCGGGAGGACACAGCAAAAUAUCUUUUGGAUCUUGAUGUCAAGUCUGCACAUUAUGAUCCCAAAACCCGGUCCAUGCGUGAAGAUCCUAUGCCAGAUGCAGAUCCUAGUGAUAAGUUCUAUGGGGGAGAUAAUCGACAUAGAAAUAGUGGUGAAGCUUUGGAGUUCGAGAAGCUUAACACCCAUGCUUGGGAAGCAUUUGAGAAGGGCCAAGAUAUUCACAUGCAAGCAGCUCCAUCCCAAGCCGAGUUGAUUUAUAAGAACUAUAAGGGCAUCAAGGAGAAAUUGAAAUCUCAAACGAAGGACACAAUCUUGGAGAAGUAUGGCAAUGCAGCUGCUGAAGAAGAAAUUCCAAUGGAGCUUCUACUCGGACAAAGUGAAAGCCAAGUUGAAUAUGAUCGUGCUGGAAGGAUAAUAAAGGGGCAGGAGAAGGCACUUCCAAGAAGCAAAUACGAAGAAGAUGUUUACCUUAACAACCACACAUGUGUCUGGGGUUCGUGGUGGAAGGAUCAUCAGUGGGGCUACAAGUGCUGCAAGCAGAUGAUCCAAAAUAGCUAUUGCACUGGUGCCGCCGGCAUAGAAGCUGCUGAGGCUGCCAACAUAUAUCUUAUAUGAAGGCUAAUUCUAUUAGUUUACGUCUUUUUAUUUUCGGGUCUUCCCAUUUUUGUAAUAUUCUUAUUGAAAUAAAAAGCAUCUUUGUGUACGUAGGUUUUCAAUUUUAUUAUAUUUACUGCAUGCUUAAAGUUGACUUUGUAUUAUGAACCUGAAAACAGAGUUUCCUUCGUCAGUGGAGGGCUAAAGGCUUGCUAACUUGUCUAUCAGAAGUCCAUCUUUUCCUUUCUUAGUCUUGUUUCUAUU